AGAUGCAAUGUCUGUGAUAGGAUUUCACUUUAUCAUGCUGAUGUAGGUAAGUAAGGGCCUGUUUACAUGGAGGUGAGGGCCCCAGGUAGGUGAGGUAACUUGCUUAGGUGGAGUAACCCACCUGUCCAUAUAAUCUCUUGUUUUAAUUUGAUCACGUUUACAUGAUAGGUGGGGUGACCAUAUGAGAGAUUAUAUGGACAGACGGGUUACCCCCACCUAAGUAGGUUACCUCACCUACACGGGGUCCCCCACCUCCAUGUAAACAGGCUAUAACUCGGCAGUUCCAUGUUUUGUUGAAUGUGUAGCUAGAAAUUUUUGAAAAGUGCCCCAGGUUUGUUGCAAAUUUUGCAUUUAAAAGAACGCGCGAAAUAGAGGUCAUUUUGUACCUUAAAUCUUGACUCCAUUUGUAGCCUGCAUAGCGAGCGAUUCCGUUUGGUUUCGGAGCAAAGACAGACCGGUUUUGGCGCGAGAAAUGAAACGCGCAGUCUUUGACUCUCGUUCCUCUUUCGUUGUUCUUUGCUCCUAAACCGCACGGAAACGUUUGCUACGCAGGCUACUCCAUUUGUGGCUUAAAUUAUCCCACUAUUAUCCUACCGCGGAAGGAUCAGCUCAGUUGGUAGAGCGCCUGACUGCAGAGCGGGAUUCCCGGGGCUGGAUCAAUACUCAGGGUCUUGAAAUAACAGAGAAAUAAAGGUACUUCCUUUGCCCUGCAAGCAGCUAGACCUUCGCGUGGCUCGAAGGACCACUUAAAAUAGCAGUCCCGUCUCCAGUAAGAGACGUAAAAAUAGUCUUCUUAAGUAGUAUAUUGCUUCUAAAUACAUUGACACUCAAAUUAAGUCGAUUUUUUUUCUCUACGUAACCCUAUUGUUGCUGAUUGCCAAAAUGUUUUUUUUAGAGUCUGUGUUGUCGAUAAUUGGCGCCGGAAAGUUUGAUGCUGUGAUAAGCAAUCCGCCCUACAUUCCUGCGCCUGACAUGGCCUUGUUACAGCCUGAAGUUUCCAGGUAAGAAAAGUUUUCUCGAUAAAAGUAGUACGCGAUGACCUUUCGUUUAGAUGACCGCAAAAAUUGAUGACUAUCGUGAAAAUAAAACUACGGAGCGAAUGGAGACGCGGUUGGCGUUAAUAAACCUAUAGCCUAUUCCAGGCGUUCAGAUAGUAGAGAACGGCGGUGUACCCCUCCCUUAAGCCAAUAUUAACACUUACCUCUCACUUAGGGCAAAAUGUUAGCUUAGGGGAGGGGUAAACCAGGAAGAAAAGGGUCGCGUGUCAAGGGCAGGAAAUUAUACUGGGAAAACGCAACCUCGUUUGCAAGGAGUCUCUUUUUGCAGUGUCUCUGACUUAGACGCGAAAAUGGCGCCCAGCAUUUAUUUCAACUUUUAUUGGUCAGUAAAAUUCAAUCCGGAUAUUUUUUGAAAACGGAGAUUUUUUUCUCCGUUUUCGCCUUUCGUUCACAAGAAAAUGACGUUUUUUGGUCAUCAAAAACGCUGGUUUUCGAAACCGGUUCACAAAGUGUGUUUUUUUUAAACGCCCCCUUAUCGUUUUUGUGUAGAUGGACGAAAACGGAGGAUUUCGAAUACGCUGAUGUCAUACGCCCUGUAAAAGAUGUUAUCUUUUCUCCAUUGUAUCAGUGUUUUCGUGUGGACGGGCGAAAAUGAUUCGAAUACGCUAUGUGUACGCGUAUUUUUUUUAAGGAAAACGGAGGAAAGAAAAUUUUCGUUUUCAAAACUAUACGGAUACGUGUGAACUUUCGAUCCAGCUGCAUACCGUUACAGAUCAUAAUGGCAGUGGGGCUUAUCAGAACGGUUAGUAGUUUAAUUGAUUUUGUUUCACAUGUUUUUUUGUCCUUGUUAGGUAUGAAGAUAUGGGAGCGUUGCAUGGUGGCCUUGAUGGAUUAGAUGUAGUAAAGAGAAUUUUAUGCAUUUCUCCUGGACUCCUAAAGCCAGAUGGGUACGAUAUGAAAAUAAUGAUAGCACUCUGACUUCGCAAACACGAGACAUUUUGAUAGGAAUAGUCUACUGAUGGUAAAUCAGUAAGUUUGGCUUGCUUUUGAGACGCCGCUUUCUCGGAGAAGUGCAGGCCCUUUUUCCUAAAAGUUGCUGGUAAUUAAGCUUAUCAGUCAGUCGUCUGAUGCGGGUGUGUCUUUAUAAUUACACGAGCAGAACUGUAUUGUGUAUUCCUGCAAAAUGCUGAUAGAUAAUAUGCUAGUACCCGCUUUGCCUCACCUCUAAGAUGUGGGAAAGAAUUAUGAGGAAACGUGUUCUCUGUCUUAUGCGAUGACUGACAAGAAACGCCCGGGAAAGCUAGAAGUGCAAUAUUAGAAUAUUGGACUAAUUUUGUAUUAUUUAUUUAUUUUCAGUUCUGUUUGGUUAGAGGUGGACAUUUCGCAUCCCGAGCAAAUAAAUCAAUGGAUUAGUAGCCGGGAUCUUGGUUUAAAAUACUCCGCCACCUUUAACGACUUUACACAAAGGUAAGCAGACAUAAAAUUCAACCACAAUAUCGUGGACCGGACUUCAAGGGUAUAAGAUCAAAGAUAGUAAUUCCCGUAAGGCCCCCUCUGUAAACUGUGCAAUUGAACAAACACCGGAAACUCGUUCCCAGGCUCCUCUGCUACUUGUAGAGGACCCUGGGAAUAUGUUUUCGCACGCGACAAAAAGCCGCCUUCACAACCAAGGCUAUUUUUCGCGUAUUUAGAAAAUAGAGACCUUCAGAUUCGAGGACGAGAUUUAACUUAACGUUUUUUAUUCCCGCGAAUUCUCAAAAAAUAUUCACCACAGCGAAAUCUUUAUUGUUCUUUUUUCACCAUAAAAGUAAGCACGCUUACUUUUACUAACGGAGGUCGCAAAAUGAUAAAACUUUUAACUUUGCAUAACUUGUUUCCGUCACUACGACAUUCUCGCUAAAACUCGUCGUGGAAUGACGACGGAUGACGAUGGAUGACGACGGCUAUCACGUUUUCCCGCCAAAAUGACGCUGGUUCUCGCGCAUGCACUGCUUAGUAUUGAGAAAAUCUCGUUCUCUUACUAUGUGCUGGUCUUAGAAUCUGAAGGUCUCUAUCAUCCACCGUGGCCCUUUGAAAAAAGUGUAAAAUCUCUCUCGGGACGGAUUUCAGGCAUACAUUACCGACUGCAUCAUUUCUUAGGGGUCCCAUGUCAAAAUCGAAAAGGCUGAUGAGUAUUCCGUUUAGGGCCCCCCUAAAGUGACAUGUAAACCCGGCUGAAAGAAAUACUUGGUAAUCCUGUGCUGAACGAGGCAAAUGAUUUUUGUGACCUGGGCAGCGUAUAAACAAAUAUCGAUGCUGUUUUCUGGUCCAGGAAGUUAAAAUGAGUAUAAAGAUGAUAUCAUUUGGAAAUUUAAUUUAACCAUCAUUAAAAAUUUAUUUAUUAGUUUUGAAACGGAAGGAAGUUUUUGUUACAGUGAGAAGAUAAUCGUCGCGUCCUGUUAGUUCAAUUCUUCCUGUUUUCUUUUUUAAUUAGCGGUUUCUAAGUAUUCAUUAUGCAAAAAAUUUCACUAGAAGAACGCUUUAAGACUGGGCUGAAUUUGUUUUACACCGGAGCAGUAUUUACGAGAAAUGGAAAUAACUGAAUUUUGUACUGAAGGAACAAACUCAUCGUAUAAAUUUAUGGUUCCUUGUAAGGGAGCUCUGUAAUGAUAAAAAGUUCCAGUCUUUGUUCUCUAAUAUAAAUCUUAAAAUUAACGAAAACCUCAAAUACUGGUGUUUUAAAAAAUAUAUAUAUAAAAACACUAAAGAGUUAAAACAUUUUUUAUGUAAAUUAUGCUCUCUGUGUAUAGGCUAAGAGUCUUUUAGAAAUAUACAUUUCCAUGAGCUGUACCGCACCUAUAAGAAACCUUUCUCGCGUAAAUGACUCAGCACCCAGCGAAGAUUUUGUUUUGUUACAGGCCUAGGUUUUGUCAUAUCAUCCGAAAAUUAUGA